CUUCUUCAAUUGUCAUUAUCUACUAGUUUAUUUGUGGCAUGGAACAUUUCUCUUUCUCUCUCUCAUAGUCACACAAUCUUAAAACCUCUAUCCCUGAAAAAUAGCCCAUCACCAAAUAAAUGGCCACCGCCGCGCCCAAACUCGCCACCGGCAUUCUACCCAUCCCUGCCCAGCCCCACCGCCGUAAACCAUUAGCCCCCCUACAUCCCCUCGCCGGCACCGCUACUAGUGUACAACCCUCAGCCUUCAAAAUCUCCGUCAGCACUGUUACUGGGGUUUCACGUCGCCGGAGAGGGUUCACUUGCCAGGCCGCAGAGGUGUCGGUGGCGGAGGGGCCGUCGGCGUCGGGAGGUGGGAACUGGGUGCCGGUUGUGCCCCUGGGGGCGCUGCCGAAAGGAGAGCGGCGCGUGAUCAUCCAAAACGGGGAGACCAUACUGCUGCUUUGGUAUAAAGAUGACAUCUUUGCCAUCGAGAACCGAUCCCCUGCUGAAGGCGCGUACAGUGAAGGCCUCCUCAAUGCCAAGCUCACCCAGGAUGGUUGUAUCGUUUGCCCAACAACUGAUAGCACAUUUGACUUGCGAACCGGAGAAAUAAAAGAAUGGUACCCAAAGAAUCCAGUCCUGAGAGUUCUGACUCCUGCAUUGAGAUCCCUAUUUACUUACCCCGUUAAGACGGACAGCGAAAACAUUUACAUCAGCAUGAGCGGGGGACUGAAGGAUGCAUCUGCUGAGAUUGUAUUCAGCGGGAAGGCUCAACCUGGUGUAACAGCAACCAAUGUCAACGUGGAUGAGGUGAGGAUGGUGGUUGAUGAGAGCCAAGAGGCCUUUGGUUUCACGGGAAAGAAUGAGUUGAUAAAUGGAAAAGCUGCUGUGAUUGGGUUCCUAUUGCUGUUAGAUUUCGAACUUCUGACUGGUAAAGGUCUCCUCAAAGGAACAGGAUUCUUGGACUUCAUUUACUCUGUUUCCAAUGCUUUCAAAUGAAUUCCAAUGUAAUUUAUGAACACUUCUUUGAUCAACAUAUAGGCAGUAUAUUUGUUGGGAGUAGUUUAACUUCCUAUAAUAGCUGGAAAAAUAAUUAAAAAAAAAAUAGAAAACAAUGAUUUUGUAUAUGUAGGUAAAUUCUACUGAUUGUGAAAUUCUUCUAGCCCAGAGGAAAAACAGCCACUUGCAGUUUCCAAUUGAACAGGGUAGAAAUGUUUGUGGGUGUUAUUGUAGUAUAUAAUUUUGUUUAAUUUGGUCUUUGUACUUUAGUUUUGUGGGUUGAAGUACAUGGAUUAAAUUGAGCAAAAUUAAGGUUUAUGUCCCAGUAUUUUGGCACCAAUGUUUUUGUUAUU